CGCGCCCGCGACUUCAUCUCUUCUUUGCUUCCCGGGCGCGUUCUCAAUGCGCGUCACUGUUCGUCAGAGAGCGCGCGUGUGUGUCGGUGUUUCUUGUGUCUCCUCCGGUGACUCGUGCUCUCUCGGUGCCGGUGUGUCGGUGAUGGGCUCCGGCGGGACUCUGGCUCUGCUGAGCGCGGCUCUGCUCCUGCACGUGUCUCUUCAGGGUGAGCACCAGCGCCGGCUCUACAGAGACCUGAUGAAGAACUAUAAUCCUCUAGAGAGACCCGUCUAUAACGACUCGCACUCGCUGACCGUCCACUUCAGCUUCAGCCUCAUGCAGAUCAUGGACGUGGAUGAGAAAAACCAGGUCUUAACAACAAACAUCUGGCUCCAGCUGUAUUGGACAGAUUAUUACCUGCGCUGGAACAUGAGUGAUUACCCUGGCGUGAACACGGUCAGAUUCCCGGAUUCGCUCAUCUGGAGACCCGACAUUCUGCUCUACAACAGUGCCGAUGAGAGAUUUGAUGCCACUUUUCACACAAACGUGCUGGUCAACUCAUCUGGAUAUUGUCAGUACCUGCCGCCAGGCAUCUUCAAGAGCACGUGCUACAUCGAUGUGCGCUGGUUCCCGUUUGACGUGCAGCGCUGUGAUCUGAAGUUCGGCUCCUGGACGUACGGCGGCUGGGCUCUGGAUCUGCAGAUGAUAAAUGCCGAUAUCACCGGAUACAUCGCUAACGGGGAGUGGGAUCUGGUUGAGGUGCCGGGCAGGAGGAAUGAGAAGUUCUACGACUGCUGUAAGGAACCGUACCCUGACGUCACCUUCACCGUGGUCAUGAGGCGGAGGACGCUGUACUACGGGCUGAAUCUGUUGAUCCCGUGUGUGCUGAUCUCCACUCUUGCUCUGCUGGUGUUCCUGCUGCCCGCCGACUCCGGAGAGAAGAUAUCACUGGGAAUCACAGUCCUGCUGUCACUCACCGUCUUCAUGCUGCUGGUGGCUGAGAUCAUGCCUGCCACCUCCGACUCGGUGCCUCUGAUUGCUCAGUAUUUUGCCACCACGAUGGUGAUUGUGGGCCUGUCAGUGAUCGCUACAGUGCUGGUGCUGCAGUAUCACUAUCAUGAUCCAGACGGAGCGAAGAUGCCCAAAUGGACACGUGUUCUGCUCCUGAACUGGUGUGCGUGGUUUCUCCGUAUGCGGCGUCCCGGCGAGGACCGAAUUCGUCUGGCCUGCCAUAAUAAACCAGCCCGUCGCAGCAGUGUGUCCAGCGUGGAGCUGUCGGUCAGCCAGGGGGCGCUGCAGGCCGCCGGCGGGAACAUGCUUUAUUUUGGCUUCAGAGGGAUGGAAGGCGUCCACUACACGGCACACGAAUCGCACAGCGUCCUCUGCAGCCGACUGAUGGCCAACAGUGAAGAUGACGUGCUGUUGCCGGGAGCUCAGAUCAGGGGCGGGGUCACAAGUGGGAUUGUGGGCGGGACAUUGGAACUAGAACUAGCCAAAAUUUUGGAGGAGGUGAGAUAUAUCGCUAAACGAUUCCGCGACCAGGAUGCGGAUGAAAGUGUGUGUAACGAGUGGAAGUUUGCGGCGGCGGUAAUCGAUCGAUUGUGUUUAAUGGCAUUCUCCAUUUUUACUAUCCUCUGCACUAUCGGGAUCCUUAUGUCGGCACCAAAUUUUGUAGAAGCCAUUUCGAAAGAUUUUUUCACCUGAUUAUUUUAUUUUAUUUUAGUUAUUUAUUUAUUGUAUACCGGGAUUGGGCUUUCAUGUAUGAUGCUAACUAGGACUGAGCGAAAUGCCGAAUUUAAUUUUGCUGACGAAAAUUUGUAUUAAAAAGUUUUAUGCACUUUUUAUUCACUUUAUUUUCCUCAAUUUAGUAUUUAUAUAAACUGGAACUAGCCAAAAUUAUGGAGGAAGUAUCGCUAAACGAUUUCGCUACCAGGAUGCAGACGAAAAUGUGUGUAACGAAUAGAAGUUUGUGACUGCGGUAAUCGAUCAAUUGUGUUUGAUUGCGUUCUCCAGUUUUACCAUCCUCUGGACUAAUGGGAUCUUGAUGUUGGCGCCAAAUUUUUUAGAAGCCAUUUUUUCAUCUGAUUAUUUAUUUUUUAUUUUUUAUUUUUUUUUUUUACUGGGAUUGGACUUUCAUAUAUGAUGCUAACUAGGGCUAAGCGAAAUGCUGAAUUAGAUUUUGCUGAUGAAAAUUCGUAUUACGAUGUAAUGCACUUUUUAUUCACUUCAUCUUCCUCAUAGUUUUUAGAUUUAUUUCCAUGAAUGAGUUUAUGUUGAUAAAUCAAUUGAAUGUUGAUUCAUUGAUUCGUUUGUGUCACUUCAAAAUUUUUACAGAAGUCUUUAUGUUUUAGUAAAAAAAU